UCACUUGAACUCAGCUAGCGAACACACACACACACACGAUGUCUGGAAGAGGUAAAGGCGGCAAGGGACUCGGAAAAGGAGGCGCCAAGCGUCACCGUAAGGUUCUCCGCGAUAACAUCCAGGGAAUCACCAAGCCCGCCAUUCGCCGUCUGGCUCGCCGUGGCGGCGUGAAGCGUAUCUCCGGCCUGAUCUACGAGGAGACCCGCGGUGUCCUGAAGGUGUUCCUUGAGAACGUGAUCCGUGACGCCGUCACCUACACCGAGCACGCCAAGAGAAAGACCGUUACGGCCAUGGACGUGGUCUACGCUCUGAAACGCCAGGGACGCACCCUGUACGGUUUCGGCGGUUAAACGCACUCUUCUCGGAACGUCAACAUCCCGACUUGAACCCAAAGGCUCUUUUAAGAGCCACCCA